ACACCUCCAUUUCCGGUCUGCCUUUGAGCAACUUGACGCACACACUCGUUCACUUCUGGCUUCGUGGCUCAUUGCAUUGAUUUAGCUCCGCGUUUAUUUUUUAUUUUUUUUCUCGACAACGUUGAAGUGCGGAAGGCCGAAACGAUGUCGGGCUCGUUCGCCACCCUCGUGGUCGCGGCGCUGCUCGGCUCCGAGGCUUUGGGGAAGAGUGUGACGGGACUUCUCGGGAGCGAAGCGGCGAGGAGGCAGAAGGGCCAGUUCAUCACUAAAUUCAUGUACCAAGGUGACAACGGUCUGUUGGUGUGCCGGCUGGACAACUCCGCUCUGGCUACGGAGAAGGGCUCCAGAUUGCUGCUGUAUCAGGACAUGGACGCGGACCUGGACAACCUCAGCUGCACGGAGAGGCUCGCCAAAGCUCAAUUCACCAUUUAUCUCAGCGAGGAAGAAUACAACCAGUCGAUCCCCCGCCAGUCCUAUCCUACAACCUGGCAGGCCCUCUACGCCGACCGAUACACGUGUCAGGAAAAUGCAGUGAUUCCUCAUCACGCCGAUCUCAGUUUUACUCUCCUGAUGUUCAACGCCGACUCGGCUGGAAAUCCUCUGGAGCACUUCAGCGCGGAGGAGGCAGGUCUCCACAGCUUUUACUUCCUCCUGCUGCUGGCCUACUUCAUCGCCUGCUGCAUCUACUUCCGGCCUCUGCACCAGGCUCUGAGGAAAGGAGGUCCCAUGCACACCGUCCUCAAAGUGCUGACCACGGCGCUGGCCUUGCAGGGCUGCUCCGCCCUCUGCAACUACAUCCACUUGGCCAGGUAUUCCAGAGAUGGGACUGGUAUUCCUUUGAUCGGCAGCCUGGCAGAGUUCUGGGACAUGGUGUCCCAGGUGUCCAUGCUGUACAUGAUGCUGAGUCUGUGUGUGGGCUGGACUCUGAGCCGCGGCAGGAAGCCUCAGUCCAGACCUCUGCAGUGGGAGCAGUCUCGGGCCUCUACGGCGGUCGCUGUCGGUGGAGGCGUCGUACAGGCAGCGUUGCUGCUGUGGGAGCAGUACUCUGAAUCAGAGAGUCAACAUCACAGCUACCACGCCCAGCAGAGUCUGCCCGGCCUCCUGCUCAUCGCCCUGAAAGUGGGCCUGGCCCUGCUGCUGGCCUCUGUGCUCUACCAGAUCGUCUCCACCGAGAGGAGCACCCUGAAGAGAGACUUCUACCUCUGCUUCUCCAAGGGAUGCUUCCUGUGGUUCCUCUGUCACCCCGUCCUCUUCCUCCUGUCGGCCAUCUUCAACGAGCACCAGAGGGAGAAGGUGGUAACUAUCGGCGUCACCCUCUGCCAGUCCAUCUCCAUGGUGAUCCUCUACCAGCUCUUCCUGUCCCGUUCCCUCUACUGGGAGGUCUCCUCUCUCUCCUCCGUGUCUCUGCCACUCACCAUGUCCCAGACGAACCACAGGGGGCGCUACUGAGCUAGUCCUCGAGGGAGAACGUCGCACCUCCUGCUGUGUCAGAGGGGGGUGAGGCUGGGGGGGGGGGGGGGGGGGGGGGACCUCAUGAAGACGGGAGGUCGAUGUAACGCUGCAGGGACUCGUCUCCUUUGCUGUUAGUUUCCUGGAAGAAUUGCAAUGGCCGUUAGUAAGUAAGCAUGUUACCAAGGCACGGGGUCACAAAAUGACCCGGGAACGAUAUUUACUGCAACACCUUACCUCUAGUUACCGGAGCCAGCGUUACUGAGCAGGAGGGGAGGCGUCUAAUGCAGGGCCACCCGGAGGAGGGACACCUGCACGACGUCAUAACAGCUGAAGAUCAAUUUGAACAGAUCUCAGAUCUGCAAACGAGGAGAAUAUUGACUCAUGGUGGAGAGUGGGAGGACACGAGUUGUGCUCACCCAUCAGACAGGUUUGUUGUGUUCAAGGAAACUCUUGAUGCUCAGUUUCACUACGAAGGGAAACAUGCACCGCUGCUCGGCCACGGGGUCACAUUUAGAUUUAGAGUUACUGAACUUCUGCAAAAAGUAUUAAGUUUCACUUUUUAAAGUUUAUUCCCUCACUCUCGACGUGGAUGCCUGCGCUGACUUUUUAAAUCGCAUAUCGCUGUAGCUGGAACCGCAUGACCCGUCGUUCUUCCAUCUUUCGUUUUCCACUCGCGGCCUGAGCCCAACGCCACGCGUGACCUUUUCAAAUGACUCGGCUCUGGCCUGUGAUUUGGGGCUCGUUCAUCGAAAGACACUUUUUCGUACGCCGGGAAAUUAAAUCCCACUCGACGAAGUGACGGCUGACACAUUUAAUCAUCGUGUAUUUAUUAUUCUGUCGCGUGAACAUCUGGAAAGGGGAAUGUUGGUGUCACUAAAUCUUCUGUUUCACUCUUGACAAUCUUUAUUCUAGUUAGAAAACAACAAAUUAUGUGAAGUUUAAGCAUUUACUUAUCGGAUUGUUGUAUACACGUGUCCGGUCAUUCCUUUUUUUAUUUUUAUUUUAUGUAUUAACACUUGAGUUUCAAUGUGUUCCAUGUAUUUAUGUUCUGUGCAACACAACCUGUGGAUUAAUGAGCUCUGCGCUCAUUACAACUGUAAUAAAAUAAAAAAGUUUAAAGUA